AUGGCAGUUGAGAUGGUAGAACAUAUUCAGGACAUCCAUGAGCAAGUUAAGCUGGCCAUUCACGAGAGCAACGCCAAGUACAAUGUUCAGGCCAACAAUCAUCAUCGUCAAGUACUUUUUGAUGUUGGUGAUUUUGUUUGGGCAGUAUUAACUUGUGAUCGUUUUCCUGUUGAAGAGUACAAUAAGCUUAAAAAGUGGAAGAUUGAACCCUGUGAGAUUCUACAGAAAAUCAAUGAUAACGCCUACAGAUUGUGCCUCCCCAGUAAUUUGAAGACUUCUGAUGUAUUUAAUGUGAAACACCUGAGACCUUAUUUUGUGGAUUCCGAUGGAACUACUUUGAACUCAAGGGCGAGUUCUUUCCAACCCGAGGCGACUGAUGUAGGAGGAUCAGAGUCAGAUGAUAUUGAGUUGUCAGAUUGUAUGUUGAUGGCACUGAAAUACCUUAAAGUGGCAUAUCAACGCAAAGAUGGCAGGAAACAGUGA